GAUGGGAAGAGACCAAACACAAAAAGGGAAAUUAUAAAUACCUGCUUUACCUGUGUUCACUACAACUUAUCUUGUUUCACUUCAGGACCUUUAAACAGACACAGUUUAUCGGGUGGAAGUUCAGGGACUAUGGAGCUGAUCGUGAUCGAUGAUGAUAGUGAUGAGGGAUGCUCAGAAGAGGCAAGCAGAACCACAGGACCAGCUGUUUCUACAGAAAACUUAGUAGUAGCAGAACAUCUCAGUCUUGAAGACCUUCGAACACUCCUGAAGGUGUUGAAGAUUAGACUGCCCAGGAACGUUCUGAAUAAUGAUGUCAUUGAGGCGUACAAACACCCUGGCUUCAGCGCAUUUGCAGAAAACAUUGUAAAAGGUUUAAAAAAAACUACAAUUCGAGUGGCACAGAUUCCUCGACUGCAUUGCGGGAAAGUUAAACGGGCUCACAGCCUGUCGUCGCAAAAUAACAUUCUAGAAAUUACCAUAAUGAUUUUUUUUGAAAAUCGUAAACCCAAUGAGAGAACCUUAAAACAAACGUGGGAAAGGAUUCCAGCCAGAAAUCGUCGGGGAUUUAAGAUGAAGGACACUUACCAAGAGAUCUCCAAAGGAAUCAAACGUGCAAGGGGUGGGGACCUAGCAGGUGGAGACAUCAUCCUAAACCAAAGAAAUGAAAAGAAAUGCUUGAAAUCCUUUAUUAAAGAAAGUGGUCUUUCUGGUGUGCGCUACCGGAGAGAACGCAGUAUAGAAUUUGAGUUUCUCUCAGGAAGGCUGGACUUUCUAAUAAAGGCUAAUGGCAGUGAACCCGGUACAUCAGAGAACAUCAUACUGGAGUGUAAAGGAACCAAAGGUUACAUGGCAGGAAAGGUGUUCCGGAGACCUAAAGAAGGUCAUCUGGCUAAAUUAAUCAAGACUCAUCCAUAUUAUUACCAAACUCAGGCCUACCUGUACAUGCUGAAGAAAACAAGGCCUCAAGAUGCUUCAGUCAAAGCUGCCAUGGUAAUUAGAGAAUAUCAGGAUGAUGAAGAUGAGGAAGAGACAGAUGAGGAUGAUGCUGAUCAGGAUGAUGAUGCAGGAUACCAGGAAUAUAAAGAUGAUGAUGAAGAACCAAAGGGAGAGAUCUAUUACAACUAUCUGAAAGGGAACACACGGAGGAUUGAGAAGCUGAACAAUUACUGCAAAGACCACGCACUGCCCCUUUACCUGGCUGUCCUCAACAAGAUAUUUGAGAAAGAGAGAGAGUAA